CCGCGUCCUCUGCUGGCCCGACUGACUCACCAUAAGAACCCAUAUUCCGCAUCAUCGACGACCCGUUCUAUCCACCCAGCGCCACCGCCUCGGUCGAGCUGAUGGGAUGGACGAGCUCUGCUCUGGACCGUUGGUUUCGUUGUUAUGUGGAUCGCAGCCAGCUUGUAUGGGGGCCCUGGGUUGGGUGGGGGUUUCGCACGCGGCCUCGAUCACGCUCUAAUCCGUGCGUGGCAACUCGCAGUGGAGCAGCCAGACAACGCUUCGGGGGAGCUUGGCGAAGGUGAAGCUUAGCCGUUAGUUAGUGGUCGAGUAAUCGGUCCAAUGCAUGUGGAUGGUGCCCGUCUCUUCACAACGACCGAGACAAAGCGGAGGCUGCUUUUUGGACGGCGCUCGACAGCAUCCAACGCCGGGUACCUCGCUAGUACACAUGAUGCCUUAGCCCUAAGUAUUAGCACCCGCAGCUAGGUACAGUAGGGUACUGACCUAAGACGCGGCACUGUAGCGCUCGAUCAGGG